AUGACCGGCCACAACGACGACCCUCUGAACUCAGGCACACCAAACAGUGGAGAAGCAACGGCGGGUACUACAAUGGACGUUGACGAACAUGAGCCCGCCUUUCACAUCACUGGAACUGGGAUGCACGAUGGGAGGGAAGUGGUUAACGCGGUGACCUACUACGGCGAGAAAUUCAAAGUACGUGCAGACGCCACCAGUGAGGACAACAUGACCUCCACCACCGUGGGCGAUGCAGACACUGAAGACAUGGACACAAACCACAGCCAGAUGAACGAGUCAGCAGCAAGCUCGUCCUCGGACUCACAGGUGGGGAGAGAGACUGAGGUCGGAUUCUUCCGACAUGGCCAAUGGCAUGCUAGAGCCCGCACACCUGAAGAGCAACGCCAACAUGUUGGAGGAAAAGGACCCGCCCGCCAGCGCAAACGUCAGGAGCGACUCAACAGCUACUUCCAUGGAAAAUGGAAGCCGGCCUGGCUGCUAGGAUACAUUCGGGACCGUGAACUUCGGAGUCAAAGGCCCACCCUCCGAGGAAGGGGCGGAACCUGCGGCUUCGUCUACACAGACUCCUGCGAACGGGCCACAGCCUCCCACCACGUCACCAACAUGGGCCACUGGAGGGCAUCCACAUGCUGCUUGGUGGAGCUCCAGUUCGGACCAAGGAUGGGAUGCAUGGAAUUGGGGCGACUCCUCUUCCUCUGCUUCGAGUUCCUCCUCCUCUACCUGGACCUGGAGAAAUGGAUGGCCGACCACUACCUCGUCGAGUACCGCACCAAUCCCGGACUAUCCGCCCAAUCAUGGCCUCUUCCCGGAAGUCCGGCCAACCAGACGACCUCUUGGUGUUGA